CGGGUUGUCCAACAGUUCUAAGGAUUUUCGCACGUCAGGUUUUUCCGCACAUGCCACAUUUAUUUAUUUAUUAUUUAUUUAUUUAUUAUUUAUUUAUUUUCCCGCACAUGCCACAUGUGGUUCCCAUAGCAACCACAAAAUGCCAUCAACAAGAUAACUGCUUUCUGUGACAAUGACAAAUCCAGGCAGCCAUAAACCAUUCAAGGCACCGACUCCUCCUGUCAUUGGUAAAGUAAGUCACCAUAGCAUUGACCUGAGCUGGGAGACAGAGGAGAAUGAACCACGGACAGGCUCACCAGAGAAAUGGACCCGCUUCUCUGUAGAAGAGAUGGACCCCAAAUCACACACAUAUGGGACUAUCUAUGUUGGGUACAGCAGUCACCACACUGUAGAAAGUUUGGAGCCCAGCACGUCCUAUAAGUACAGACUGAGAAUCACAAGACCAACUGGGGAGUCCCUCUACAGCCCGGCUGUGUCUGUCUCUACCACACGUGAGCCUAUGAGUGGGAAGAACCUCCACCGUGCUGUCAACAUGAAUGAUGAGGAGGACAUGACCAGAGUGUUGGAGUCUGGGACAGUCAGUGUGAACGUCAAUGACAAACACGGUUUCACUCCUCUCAUGGUGGCUGCACAGAAAGGCUUUGCCAGACUGGUUCACAAAUUGGUAGAACACGGUGCAGACGUGAAUAUGAAGAACGGUAGUGGGAAAGACAGUCUGAUGCUGGCAUGUUUCUUUGGCCACCUGGACAUAGUGAAGUACCUGAGGAGAUUUGGGGCCACGUGGCAGUCCCAGGACAUGGGGGGCUGUACCCCCCUCCACUGGGCAGCUGACGGAGGACACCUUGCUGUCAUAGCCUACAUGAUCCAGGAUGGCUGUGAGUUGGACGUUAGGGACACCGUGUCCCACUGGACUCCUCUGAUGAGGGUGUCAGCGGUCAGUGGGAACCCAGCGGUGGCCUCUCUCCUCAUCAGAGCCGGGGCUGAUGUCAACACCAGGGACAAGGAUGGCAAGACACCACUUAUGGUGGCAGUGUUGAACAACCAUGAGGAGCUGGUGCAGCUGUUGUUGGACAGUGGGGCCGACCAUGAUGUGAAGAACGAGUUUGGGUCAGGUGCAGCUGAAAUGGCAAAGGCCUUUGGAAGAGAGAAUAUCAUCAGUUUAUUAGAAGGACGGAAGAGUAUAGUCAGAGAUAGUAUAGUCCAUUAUUAAAGAGUAUAGUCAGAUGGUAUAGUCCAUUAUUAAAGGGCUUAUUAUUCUAAUAGCUUUAUUACUGUUGUUUAUUUAUUAACAUAUUGUAUGUAUGUGCUGUAUCUUAAACCUGUAUUUUUAUCUGAAUAUUUGUUUUGCAUAACAAAACAUGUAUACAUAUACUGUAUACUGAUUUUUAAGGAUGAAUGAAAUAAUAAACCAUUAAGAAUUCCCUCAAGACCCAAAGGAUUGACUUGGUUUCGCUAUACCGUACAGAUACAGUGAGCACCAAACGUAUUGGG